GCUUCCUUUAAUGAUGUCAAGUGUUGUUUGGCCCACAUGCCUUGCCUGGUUUCUUCUCUUCACAUCAAACCUAUGGUCUCAAAAUACAAUAACUACCUAUGCAUUAGGAAAUGAGACUGAUCAUUUUGCACUGCUCAAAUUCAAAGAAUCAAUAUCUCAUGACCCUUUUGAAGUGUUAAACUCUUGGAAUAGUUCAAGCAACUUUUGCAAGUGGCAUGGAGUCACAUGUAGUCCACGACACCAAAGAGUUAAAGAGCUAAAUCUAAGAGGAUAUCACUUGCAUGGAUUUAUAUCACCCUACAUUGGGAACCUUUCUUUAUUGAGAAUCCUCCUCCUUAAUGACAAUAGCUUCUACGGUGAAGUCCCGCAAGAAUUGGAUCGAUUAUUUCGAUUACAUGUACUCAAUUUCGCUGAUAACACAUUAUGGGGAGAAUUUCCCAUCAAUUUGACAAAUUGCUCUAAACUUAUCCAUUUAAGUUUAGAGGGAAAUCGUUUCAUUGGUGAAAUACCAAGGAAGAUUGGAUCCUUUAGCAAUCUUGAAGAGUUGCUUAUUGGUAGGAACUAUCUAACUAGACAAAUUCCACCUUCCAUAGGAAAUCUAUCUUCCCUCACUUGUCUUUCCUUGAGAUCAAAUAAAUUGGAGGGGAACAUACCAAAAGAAAUAGGCUAUUUGAAAAACUUGAGAAUUUUGCGGGUGUCAGAUAAUAAACUAUCUGGUUACAUUCCUCUUUCCUUAUACAAUUUGUCAUCUCUCAAUGUCUUCAUAAUCACAAAAAACCAAUUUAACGGUUCUUUUCCGGUCAACUUGUUCCUCACCUUGCCUAAUCUCAAUUUUUUUGCAGUUGGUGCGAAUCAAUUCUCCGGUUCAAUUCCAACUUCCAUCACUAAUGCAUCUGGGAUUCAAACAUUGGAUAUUGGUAAUAACCUUUUGGUAGGACAAGUCCCAAGUCUAGGGAAGUUGAAAGAUAUUUCAAUUCUACAACUAAAUUUAAACAAUGUGGGUAAUUAUUCCAUCACACUCACCCAACUAAUUGUUGGUCGUAAUCAUUUUUUUGGAAAAAUUCCUAUGGAAUUAGGAAAUCUUGUUAACUUAAUUACCUUGGCUAUGGAGAAAAAUUUCCUAACUGGCAUCAUUCCAACUACUUUUGGUAAGCUUCAAAAGAUGCAAUUAUUAAGUUUAGGGGUAAACAAAUUGAUUGGAGAGAUACCUUCUUCCAUUGGCAAUCUCAGUCAAUUAUAUUACCUAGAAUUAUCAUCUAAUAUGUUUGAUGGAAAUAUUCCUUCAACAAUUGGAAGUUGCCGACGUUUACAAUUUCUAAAUCUUUCAAAUAACAACAUCACUGGAGCCAUACCUUCACAAGUGUUUGGAAUUUCCUCUUUAUCUACUGCACUGGUAUCACAUAACUCAUUAAGUGGCAGUCUACCAACAGAAAUUGGCAUGCUAAAAAAUAUUGAAUGGUUGGAUGUGUCUAAAAAUUAUAUUUCCGGUGUGAUUCCUAAAACAAUUGGAGAAUGCAUGAAGUUGGAAUACCUUUAUUUAGAGGGGAACUCCUUCCAUGGAAGCAUGCCUCCUUCAUUGGCUUCAUUAAAAGGUCUUAGAAAAUUAGACCUUUCAAGAAACAACUUGUCUGGAUCGAUUCCGGAAAGACUGCAAAAUAUUUCUGUUCUAGAAUACUUCAAUGCUUCUUUCAACAUGUUGGAGGGUGAGGUACCAACAAAUGGUGUCUUUCAAAAUGCAAGUGCAAUUUCAGUAACUGGCAAUGGCAAGCUUUGCGGUGGGGUAUCUGAACUAAAACUUCCACCUUGCCCUUUAAAAGUUAAGGGUAAGAAAAGAAGAAAACACCAUAAUUUCAAGUUAGUGGUGAUGAUAAUCUGUUUGGUUCUUUUUCUUCCUAUACUAUCAUGUAUCCUUGGUAUGUAUUUGAUAAGGAAAAGGAAGAAAAAGUCAUCUACUAAUUCAGCAAUUGAUCAACUUCCUAAGGUAUCAUACCAGAACCUAAACCAUGCAACUGAUGGAUUCUCAUCUCAGAACUUGAUAGGAAUAGGAAGCCAUGGCUCUGUAUAUAAAGGAAGACUUGAUUCAACAGAAGGAUUUGUUGCUAUAAAGGUUCUAAACCUUCAAAAGAAAGGGUCUAACAAAAGUUUUGUGGCUGAAUGUAAAGCAUUAAGAAAUGUUCGGCAUAGAAACCUAGUGAAGGCUGUCACGUGUUGCUCAAGUGUGGAUUACAAUGGAAAUGAUUUUAAAGCUUUAGUGUUUGAGUACAUGUCAAAUAGAAGCUUAGAGGAAUGGUUGCAUCCACAGAAUGGAAGUGCAGAACGACCAAGAACAUUGGACCUUGAGACAAGAUUAGAAAUUGUGGUUGGCGUUGCUUCUGCACUACAUUAUCUUCACCAUGAGUGUGAGGAACCAAUUAUUCACUGUGAUAUAAAGCCGAGUAAUGUUCUUCUUGAUGAUGACAUGGUUGCUCAUGUCAGCGAUUUUGGCUUAGCAAGACUUGUCUCGAAAAUCGACAACUGUCAUAACCAAAUUAGUACAAGUGGAAUAAAAGGAACUAUAGGUUAUUUUCCCCCAGAGUAUGGAGCCAGUUCUCAGGUGUCAACAAAGGGUGACAUGUAUAGCUUUGGCAUCUUAAUUCUAGAGAUCUUAACUGGGAGACGACCAACAGAGGAAAUGUUUAAAGAUGGACAAACCCUUCAUGACUAUGUUAAAAUUGCACUUCCAAAUAACUUCUCGGAGAUUGUUGAUGCAACUCUUAUUUCAAUGGGAAAUGAAUCAUCUCCUACAAUAACAGUAUCAGAACAAAACAACAUCUUCGAGAUUGUAGAUCAUUUGCAUCCUAAUACCAAGAAGUGCUUGUUUUCAUUAUUUAGGAUUGGUCUAGCAUGUUCAGUGGAGCCACCGGGACAAAGGAUGAAUAUGAUGGAAGUCACCAAGGAGCUAAAUAUGAUUAGAAAUGUUUUUUAUGCUCGAAGGAUCAGAGGUAAUUACAUAAGAGUCUUAUCAAUUUAUACAAUUAUAGUUUCAGAAAUCUUGUUAUUGAUUUCAAUUGUUUUCCCAUUUUGUUUUCUUACAAAAUUAUUUUUAAACUAGAACCCUGAUUUUUAUCUUUGUUAAAAAGAAAACAUCUCAUCAUUAGACCAUGUACAAACUUUUGCCAAAAGUUUAUGCUAUGCAUCCUAAAUUAGGUUGUUUG